AUGACUAUGGGGGAAAUGAUGCAUCGCACGCUGUGUUUACUGGGUCUUAUGUUGUGCUGCGCCUGUGGAUGUGUGACUGCAGCAGCUGAUCCACAAAAACCUUCCACUGAAAUUAAAGCUGCUGGGUAUGGGAUUGGUAGCACUGGUCCUAAGUCCGCUUCUGGUGCUCCUGGUUCUGACCGCGUAAGCUCUGAUGGUGCUGUUCCUGGUGGCGUUGGUCCUGGUCCUCAGAAUGCUCUUGGAAGGCCUUAUCCAGGAGCUGGCAUUCCCGGUGUUCAGGUUGAUAAUAAGACCGGUUGUCCUCUCAAAGACGGUAAGGUUAUGCCAUGCCUUCCUUGUAAAGCUGGAGUUACUAGUACUGAUGAGGCUCCAUGUGUUCCCGCUACUCCAGAGACUAAAGAUAUUGUGUAUGGUGGCCCUGAUAUGGCUGGUAUUACUCUUCCUAAAAGUACCGCUUCUUCUGACCUCAGUACACGUGGUACAUCUGACGUUGGUGCUGAAGCAAAUCCACAGAAGGCUCCCAAUGAAGUUAUUGCAACACAAGGGAACCUAUCUCGUGUUAAAGAACACAUGUCUCACCAUGGUACUGAUGUUAAAGGAAAUAAAUUGGGGUCUCACCCUGUUCCUGUGUUUUCUUGCCCUAAAGAAGGCCAUUCGUGUGAUGGUCCUGGCAUACCCGGUAAUGUUGUUCCAACACCUCCUCCUACGUCACCUGGUUCUCACCCUGGUGUUGGUGAUGGUGUAGUUCCUGGAUUUCCUGGUGUUCAUCCUAAUGUUACUCACACCGAUACUGCUUCUAAGGCAUUACCUGGUGUGCCUGAAGCUGCUAAGGUUACUGUUGGGCCUCCUACUGUUGCUCGUAAUCGUCGCUCUGGUCCUAUUCCUCCUCCUCCUAUUCCUGAGGUUUCCCAAAGUGGUGGAGAAACGUCAACAAGCACUCAUCAUGAGAAUGGUAAUCAGGCAGACAAUACUGCAGCACCUUCACCUAAUGAGGUGAGUGGUACUUCUGCACAGAGUGAAUCAAUAAGGAACACCCCCAAUACACCCACUAAGGUGACGUCACCCGCAAUGCCAACAAUACUGCAACCUCCUAUGCCUGCGAAGAGCGAAGACAAACUACCACCCAAGAAGCGUAAGGCAGACAGCAGCAGUAUGAGUUCUGUGUGGGUGCGUGUACCACUACUGAUUGUGGUUGUGUUGUUCUCCGCUGCCGUGUACUGA